GGAAAAUGCAACAUUUAUGUAACCGUUUAUUGAAGACCAUAAGGGAUCAACCGCUGCUGAUCGACUAUUCAUAGAAUUCCAAUAGUCUGCAAUCCCAACUGAUUUCUGCGCCGCGAUUGAUGGCCACGUGACUUGGCGCCAGAUUAUUUUCGAUCUCUGCUCUGUGGAUGAUGAGACGGUCGUCUGCUUGCUGACUCAGUCGUUCAGUAGCGCGCAGUCAAAGACAGGCAAGUGGCGAUAACUGACGGCAACUGGCGGAUGAUCGGCGGAGGGCAGGUGGCGGUAAUUAACAGUGAUAUAUUGCCAAUAAUCGGCUGUAACAAAAGUGGUUUCAUGUGACGAUGAUCGUCUAAUGAUAUUUGACUUAUAGAAAGUGGUAACAACUGAGGAAUUGGUGAGAUCUGACUGAGAAAUUGGAGAUAAGUACAAGAAAUUGGCGAUAAUUAGUUAUUAGAAUUUUGGCGAUGACUGUAUGGAAAACUGAUGAUAGCUGACUCUUGAAGAAUUGGAAUUAAGACAAUAAGAAAAUUGCGAGGACUGAUUAAUAAAAAGUGGAUUUAAGGCAUCAUCUGGAAACUGCCAUAACAAGGAGAAUAGGCAGUAAUUAAUGAUGAACAUAUUACGAUCAACUUAAUAAUAAAACAUUGGUGAUAACUAAUAAUAAGAAAUUGAUGGUAACUGAAAAUUUGGAGAUAACUUCAUGUGAGAAAUUGACGAUAACUGUGAAAAUUCAGAGAUCACUUCUUUUGAGAAAUUGCCGAUAACUGACUGUGAAAAUUUGGAGAUAACUGACAAUCCGAAUUUAUUAUAACUGAGAGAAAUGAGUGAUCGUCGACUAUGAUUAAUUGGCGAUAAUCGAAGAUGAGUAAGGCCUACACAAUAGUUAUUCUAGGCUCGGCCAGUGUCGGAAAGUCGAGUCUCGUGCAACAGUUUGUUGGCGGACAGUUUCAGACGUCCUACAAACCAACGGUCGAAGAGUGCUACAGGCGAUUCAUUCAACUUCCAGAUGGUGGGUGCACUAGGGUAGAAAUAUUGGACACUUCUGGUGGUAAUGAAUUCCCGGCCAUGCGCAAUCUUCGGAUUCAGCAUGGCGAUGCCUUCGUGGUUGUAUACGCGAUCAAUGACGUCACAUCCUUUCAGAACGCUAUCAGUAUUUGCAACUCUAUUUUUGAAAUAAAAGAACGGUCCAAUGUUCCCAUUAUUCUGGUAGGAAACAAACUCGACCUCGGCGAUUCUCGAGAAGUGUCCACGGAGGCGGCGGCCAAUAUCGCCAUGGACGAAAUCGCGUGUUCCCACAUCGAGGCUAGUGCCAAGUGCAACCUGAACGUCAAGUGUUUGUUCCAGCUCUUGCUGUUGGCCAAUCUAAAAAAGGACAUGGAUGCGUCUUCUCCGAACAGCAUUCGGCGUCAAAAUAGCUGCCCCGAGUACAUCAGCAGAAGACGUUCUGAGGUGACUGUCCGCCGAACUUUCAGUUCAAGCUCGUGCACGAGUUUCAAAAAGAAACACAUGAAUGAACAUGAUACUUUGGAAGAGGAGGAUUCAUCCAAGUGUGUAAUAAUGUGAUGACGUCAUAAACUUGAGAAAUUGGAAGCGAUAGAUACACCCAAAUGUGUGAUAAUGUGAUGAUAUCAUAAACGUGAGACGUUGAAAGAGAUAGAUGCACCGAACUGUGUAAUAAUGUGAUGACGUCAUAAACUUGAGAAGUUGGAAGAGAUAGAUGAUAAUUUGAUGGCGUCAUGAACUUGACAAGUUGGAAGAGAAGAUGCACCCAAAUGUAUUGGAAGAGAUAGAUCCAUCGAAAUGUAUAACUAUAUGGUGACGUCAUGAACAUGAGAAGUGGAAUCCAUCCAAAUGUGUCAAUGUAUGAUGACGUCAUUAUGUAUGCUAAUGUUACGUAAUUAUUGCAAGCCGUGAUAUAAACAGUCUAUUCAAUAGGUGUGACCAUGUGAUUACGAUAUGUGUUUCUUGUAUUACCGCACUUCAUAUGGCAUAGAACAAAAUCUAUAACCAUGGCGUUGUAAUGUAUAUCAUGACGCUUUAUCCAGCAAUUACUGUAUACAUACAAGAUAUGAUGACUAGAUAAAUCUCUAUAUUGUUGGUCACUGACCAAAAAUAUAGGUCACGUGACAUAAGUCCGACUCGACUCGAGUAUUUCAGAGUAGAUUUUCAAUAAACAUAC